CGUACGAUGGCCUUUGUCGCGUCGAAACUGCAGUUUGUCAACACGCUGAGGUACACGUGGGACGCGGUGCGCCGGGCUUUGGCGUCCGCGGUGCGCCGGGCUUUGGCGUCCGUGGUCGCGACUCCGGCCGUCGCGUGCAACGGGGACGCGGGCGCGGCCGAUCCCGCGGUGCCGCUCAGCGUAAACUAUCACUUCACGCGCCAGUGCAACUACAGCUGCGGCUUUUGCUUUCACACGGCCAAGACGUCGUUCGUGCUGUCGCUGGACGAGGCGAAGCGCGGGCUGAAAAUGCUGGCGGCGGCCGGCAUGAAGAAGCUGAACUUUUCGGGAGGCGAGCCGUUCGUCCGGGACGGCGGCCGGUUCAUGGGCGAACUCAUCCGGUACUGUAAGACGGAGCUGCGGUGGGCGGGCAUCAGCGUGUCCAUAGUGAGCAACGGUAGCCUGAUCCGGGAGAAAUGGAUGAUCCGGUACGGCGAGUACGUAGACAUGCUGGCCGUGUCGUGCGACUCGUUCGACGCCGACACGAACCGGGAGAUCGGCCGCCGGCAGGGCGGCCGAACGGAUCACGUGGCGAAGCUGUACGAGGUGCGCGAGUGGUGCGGACAGUACAAGAUCGCGUUCAAGAUCAACACGGUGGUGAACACGUACAACGUGAACGAGGUGUUCACCGAACACAUCGAACGGCUGCGGCCGGUCCGGUGGAAGGUGUUCCAAUGCCUGUUGCUGGAGGGCGAGAACGCGGGCGAGGGCGCGAUGCGCGACGCCGCCCGGUUCUACGUCACCGACGAACAGUUCGACGGGUUCUUGCGCCGGCACGCCGAGGUCCGGACGCUGGUGCCGGAGAACAACGACGCGAUGCGGGACAGCUACCUGAUCCUGGACGAGUACAUGCGGUUUCUCAACUGCCGCAACGGCAAGAAGGAGCCGUCCGCGUCCCUGCUCGACGUUGGCGUCCAGCAAGCGCUCCGCGGUUCCGGUUUCGACGAAAAGGCUUUCCUGGAGCGGGGCGGCAUUUACGUGUGGAGUAAACAGCAACUGUCCGAAGCCGAGCUCGAGUGGUGAUCGGCCAAAUAUUUUUUUCUCUCGCCGCUGCACUUCAUCUUAUUAUUAUUAUUAUUAUUAUUAUACACUUAAUGCAAUGCACGUGCACAGGCGCAUCUGUAUCCUGCGCUUAAUUUUAUAUUUGUUGUGUGGUGUCAUUCUUCAAGUCACUACCGGUCAGUCGGUUUAAAUCAUUCGGAAUAUAAUAUAUUUAUAUAUAUACUUUAGAACAGUCUUAUAAAAUAUGAUAGGCUUAAAAAUCAUGCCAAUUUUCACAAGUAUAUAUAUUGACGGAAGGAGAUACUGAUAUACGAGUACAAUAAUUAAAAACAUUAAUAACCUCGCGGAUUUAAGUGCGUAUAACGAUAUCAAUUACAGUUGGUCUUAAUUUAAAAAUGUUUAUAUUUUAUAGAUACUAUUCCAGUACGUUUAACAAAAUAUUUAU